AUGUUCAAUAGUGAAGAAACAUGGCACAACGAUUAUUUUCGUCGAAUAUCUGUGAUAAGCACACGUGUCUAUCUGUUGCUGCUCACUAUUGCUCUCAUCAUUCUGAUUACUAACAAUACAUUGACCAUACAAACUCAACAAUUCACUGUAAAUGAACCAUCACAAGCAACAUUCGAACAGCUUCAAGCCAAUUCAAAAUAUUCGUCAACACUGGAAUGUCCUUGUCAAAAAAUUGCUAUAGCAUUCAAUUCAUUCAUCUUUAUCUCUGUUCAUUUUCAUCAAUUCUGCUCAAGUGAUUUUGUAGUCAAGAGUUCUGAAUGGAUGAAUCUUUUAUAUUAUCGUUGGGUUGCUUUUUUUUACUCAUAUGAUGAUUUUCGUUUAUUUGUGUUACCACAUUUUCGCUUGUUAAUCUCUUUUUGUACUCUUGCAAAUGACACGAUCGUCAGUGCAUUAGGACAAUUUUCAUCGAAUACACUGAUCAGCAGUCGAGCCCAAUCUCGUCAAACUAUCGAAACUCAAGUUACUACUGCUAUUGACCGAUUGCGUCGAUCGACAUCAGCAACGUUUAUACGCAUGCUCGAUUUUGUUCGACAUAUGGCACAUGGUAACGGAAUCGUGUCCUCAACUCUGUCCAAUUGGCAUUUUCUCUCGUUGAAUACAAGUGUUAGUUGGACAGCGUUGUGGGCGGAAUCACGAUCGUAUGGAAACUGCUCAUGUGGUGCGAAUCCAACAUGUACUUCACCGGCAUUUAUCGACCAAUGGCCAAUUCUUGGUUUUCGGGUCGGCUGUGAUCCACUUGAAUCUCUUCUUCAAUCGACUCUGGCGUGUCUUUACGAUGUUUCAUGCAUAAACAGAAUUCAGUUCAUGUAUUAUUCAUCAAAUCUUACCAUGCAUCCGCUUAAUCGAACACUUUCAGCUCCCAGUGCUACUGUUAAAUCUCUUCUCAAUCAACUGAUGGUAAAUCAAUGGGAAACAAGUGUGAACUAUGAAAGUCAUUUUGAGGCGUGUGCACCCCUCACUUGCACUUAUUCAUUUAAUACUCAAGCUGACCUCUUAUAUGUCGUGACAACCACCAUCGGAGUGUAUGGUGGAAUUAGCGUUGCUCUCAAAUUAAUGGUACCUUAUAUAGUCAAAAUAGUACAUCAUUUGCUGAUAGAUCGUCGACGUCGAAUCCAACCAACGAUAGAUACGAUCAGUCAAAGCCAGUACAUCAAUAAUACACAUUAA